AUGGAAACAGUAAAAGGAAGUUCAAUUUAAGAAUCUGCUAUAAGAAUGGCUUUAGCAGGAGUAGCUUCAAUGAUAUCAGGUUUUGUUACUCAUCCUAUUGAUACAGUUAAAAUUAGAUUGUAAAAAGAAGGAGAAGUUGUAGCAGGAGUUCCAAAAUAAAAAAAAUACUAUAAUAUAGUUACAGGCAUGAAAGUAAUUGUUUAAGAAGAGGGCUUUUUCUCUCUUUACAAGGGUCUCUAAGCUAGUUUACUGAGAGAAGCAACUUAUUCUACUUUGAGACUUGGUCUCUAUGAACCCUUUAAAGAAAUGCUUGGUGCCACAGAUCCCAAAAACACUCCAGUUUGGAAAAAAUUUAUGGCUGGAUUAUUAAGUGGAUCAGCAGGAGCAUUAGUCUCUAAUCCCUUAGAUUUAAUUAAAGUUAGAUUAUAAAAUGUUGAAGGACGCGCUAAAAAAGGAUUUAUUUAAGAAAUUUCAAAAAUUAUUGAAGCUUAAGGAGUUUAGGGAUUGUGGAGAGGAUUAAUGCCUAAUCUAACAAGAGGAGCAAUUCUUACUGGUACCAAAAUGACCACAUAUGACCAUACUAAGCAUAUGAUAUAAAAAUAUUUGAAUAUAAAAGAAGGAUUCUCUGUUUAUUUGAUAUGUUCUUUUGUUACAGGUUUUGUCCUUUCAGUUACUACUUCUCCAAUGGAUGUGAUUAAAACAAGAAUUAUGAGUUAAAAAAUGGGAGCAAAGACAUAUAAUGGACUUAUUGAUUGUGCUGUAAAGACAUAUUAAUUUGAAGGUGUAAAAGGAUUUUAUAAAGGUUUUAUUCCUUAGUGGUGCCGCUUCGGACCUAUGAACGUAAUUUAACUUAUAUCAUGGGAGUAUCUUCGUAAAUUAUUUGGCAUUAAGACCCUUUGA